CCCGUUACGGCUCCUGCUCUCCCGUUACCGCUCCCGCCGGGCGCCGGGCGCGCCCCCGGGCGGGAGGCGGCGCGGGAAGCGGCUGUGGGCCCGGCCGGGGAGGUGGUUCCGCCGGCUGCUGCACUUGUUGCGGGAAACGGGCGCCGGCCCGGGGAGCGGGGUGCAGGCGGGGAGGCCGCGGUGCGGGGGCCGCCACGGGAUAGGGAGACUAAGCGAGGCGGUGCUGUCCCUGCCGGGCCUAUCCUCCCUCCGUUAUUGCUCCCUGCGGGCGGCUCAGGCCGGUGCCCCGGUGGGGCUCAGCUCAGUCCCAGCGCCACGGGAGCCCCGGGGGCACGGGGUGCGCGUAGCAGCUGUUUGCGAGCCUCUGGGCCUUGGCCGCGCUGGGGAGCGGAGGCGAUGGGGCCUGCCUGCCACGGCAGGUAGACAGCGGGGCCGCCGAGCCGCCCUGGAAGUGCCGGACGCGCUUCCCGCCUUUCGUUCUCGGCUGAACACCUGCAAAAUUGUUGAUAUUGUUGUUGGAAAAGAUGAGAAAGGCAGAAAGAUUCCAGAAUAUCUGAUCCAUUUUAAUGGUUGGAACAGAAGCUGGGAUAGAUGGGCAGCUGAAGAUCAUGUUCUUCGGGAUACAGACGAAAACCGCAGAUUACAACGUAAAUUGGCACGGAAGGCUGUGGCUCGCAUGAGAAGAAAGGGAAGAAAGAAGAGACGCUGCAGGUUGCCUGGUGUUGACUCUGUGUUAAAAAGCCUUCCUGCUGAAGAAAAUGAUGAGAGUAGCGAAAACUCUAUAAGUAGUUCUUCUUCUGAUGACACUGAUGAAGGAACAGAUGAAGAAAUAAAGAGUGAAGAAAGUGACAUAGAUGAGAGGACAGAAAUGAAAGAAGAACAAGACACUCAUACAAAAAGGGACAUGGAAGAAAGAGCAAUAAGCAUAGAAAUUCCUGAAGUCUUGAAAAAGAAGCUUGAGGAAGACUGCUACUAUAUUAAUAGAAGAAAAAGGCUAGUGAAGCUUCCUUGCCAGACAAAUAUAAUAACCAUCUUGGAGUCAUAUGUAAAACACUUUGCAAUUAAUGCUGCUUUUUCAGCCAAUGAAAGGUCUCGGCACCAUCAGAUGACUCCACAUGCUAAUAUGAAUCUUCAUUAUGUGCCACCAGAGAAGAAUGUCGAGCUAUGUAAAGAGAUGGUGGAUGGGCUGAGAAUAACCUUUGACUUCACACUUCCCUUAAUUUUGCUCUAUCCUUAUGAACAAGCUCAAUUUAAGAAGGUGACUUCAUCAAAAUUCUUUCUUCCUAUCAAAGAAAACUCAACAAAUACUAACAGAAGUCAGGAGGAACUUUCCCCAAGCCCUCCUCUGCUGAAUCCACCCACGCCUCAGUCGACUGACAGCCAGCCCACCACAGGGGAGCCAGCCACACCGAAGAGGCGAAAAGCUGAGCCCGAAAUCCUGCAGUCGCUGAGGCGUUCGACGCGCCACAGCUCCAACUGUGACAGGUUAUCAGAGAGCAGCGCGUCCCCGCAGCCGAAACGGCGGCACCUCGACACCCCCGCCUCUAUGCCAAAGCUCUUCUUGCACCUGGAAAAAAAAACCCCUGUCCAUAGCGGGUCAUCUUCACCCAUAACUUUGACUCCUAGCAAAGAAGGGAGCACGGUGUUUACUGGCUUUGAAGGUAGAAGAAACAACGAAUUGAAUGAGGUUUUGUCCUGGAAAUUGAUGCCAGAGAAUUAUCCACCAAGUGAUCAACCACCACCUCCCUCAUAUAUCUAUGGAUCUCAACAUUUGCUGAGGAUGUUUGUAAAACUGCCAGAAAUACUGGGGAAGAUGUGUUUUCCUGACAAAAACCUAAAGGCUUUAGUAAAACACUUCGAGAUGUUUCUGAGGUUUUUAGCAGAAUACCAUGAUGAUUUCUUCCCAGAAUCUGCUUAUGUAGCUGCAUGUGAAGCCUACUACAGUACUAAAAAUCCUCGGGCCAUCUACUGAAGCUAUUAAUAAGGAUUAAAUCCUACUAUACAUAGCCCAUGACAAUGCUAUUCUGCUACAUGGCUACAAGAUGAGAAAGAAAUUAAAACAACUUCUGGAGUUGAAGACAUUGGAAAAUAUCUUUAUGAUGAUUGGAUUACUAGGAAUUGAGAACUACUUUUCACAGAUGUGUAUGAACAGUGGUGUGAGUCACUUCAAGGGUUGGAUAUAAAUCUGACUCCAGAUGAAUGAAGAAGCCUUGUUCUGACUUUACUGUACAGGACUACACAGAGUAAUAAAAAGCAAAGGAGGCAAAAGCAGAUGCAUUGGCAACAGGACAUUCUCAUGAAGAUAAAUCAUCAUGCUGUGUUUCAUUGUAGCUCAGCCUCUCCUGUCUGAGAAAUAAGACUUGACUAAACAGUUACCUGAAGAGAAUUGUGACUAGUAUCUUAUGGAUUGUUUUCCUCAAAAAUUACAUUUCGUCUGUGGAACUGUCAUGAUAGAAAGGAUUGCUUAAUGUAAAGGUGGCUUUGCUGUUUGGCUAGUGUGACAUCUGCCUCAAAAAUGACUUUGUUGCUUGAAUGAAAGAUGUGUGUUGACUUUGCAUUUUGCAGAGGUGUAUAUAGACCUUUCAUGGUAAAGCUGACAGGGUUCUGAGCAGACCAGACACAGCCAGGGAUUCGGCAUUUACCUGGCAAUAAAUGAUUUCCAGAGCCCUUAUGAAAGAACUGAUUUUCUACAAGUAAAUGGGAAAGUCAGUGAAGUCAUUGCAGUUUAAUUGGCAAAUACUUAUUUUCUUAAUAAAGUUCACAGUGGCUGCUG